AUUCCGAUAAUAGCCUGAUGUAUUUUUGUAGAUGAAUUGGAGCUACGACGAACUCUCGUAUCUUUAUCCUGUAGAGAAUACAAGCUUCUGAAAAAAUAUCCUGAGGGGGAUGACAUCGAGCCGACAGAUCAAUUUGUAUUUAAUCAUGACUUUUUUACUGAUAAAACCCACCUAAAAAUGACCACAGCAACACUCAAUGAAGUGAUUGAGAAAAACUCAACUAUGAAUACAACUGUAUUAUUUGCAAGAGACCAACAAGUUGACGCCGUCAUAGUUAGAAUCAUGAAAUCAAAAACAACAGCAACGCACGGAUUACUAUUAAGCGAAGUAACUCGUCUAGUAAAGUUCCCUGUUACAGCGCAGGAUGUGAAAUUACGUAUCGAGAGUCUAAUUGAAAAGGAGUAUUUAGAGCGUGGCCCAGAUGACACUUAUAUUUAUUUGGCUUAACUAUUUUACAAUAAUAAAUACGCAGAUAAAGCAUCAUUUGCUGUACAUCAGUGUGGCAUAACAAUCAGAGCGACAGUAUCCUA